GCGGCCCCGCACCCCACCACCCGAGAUCUCACUGUGGUUGCUGAGUCGGCAUGGAGUUGGACCCGAGGCCUUUGCCCCCCACUACCACCGCCCUCUGCCGUCUCAUUCCAACAGCGCCUGGCCAGCGCGCCAGCCAGGGGCGCUUCUACUACGCGCCUGCGGGGCGCUGGCGGCCAUGGCUGCUGGUCUGGGCUCCGACCCCCAGACUCUCAUGCGCUCCCUGGUCCCGAAGGUUAUCUCGGCCGUCAGGCAGCUGAUUCCUGUUAACGAGGUGCACGCCAGCGAAGCCAUGGAGGUUUUUGACGAGCUGAUGGAGAGUGAGGUCUCAGUCAUUGUCCAGCAUCUCUCUGACGUUGUUGGCUUCUGCCUGGAGGUGGCGUCGAACCGGGCGCUGGGGGACGCACUGCGGGUGAAGGCGCUUUCUACCCUCAGCUUCCUCAUCAAACUGCGGGGCAAGGCUGUGCUGAAGCAGCGGCUGCUGCCACCCGUGCUGGACGCCCUGUUCCCCAUCCUGAGUGCGGAGCCCCCCCUGGGACAGCUGGACGCCGAGGACCAGGAGAGCGAGGACGAGGGGGAUGAGGCCCAGACCCCCAAACAUGUGGCUGCCCAGGUGAUCGACAUGCUGGCCCUGCACCUGCCCCCUGAGAAACUCUUCCCCCAGCUGCCAGGGCGGCGCGGUGAGCUGUCCGGAGCCAGCGUCACCCAGACUCUCACGAGUUUCUCCAGAGCAUAG